AUGAGCAGCAACCCAGCACAGGUGCUUGGCGAAGGUGUAGGCUGGGCCGUCGUGUGUGGCCUUGGCUUUGCCUUUGCCGCGUUUAUGAUGGCGAUCACAUUCCUACAGAACCGGUUUACGGAGCAUUCGACCAAGAGUGUGGAAGAAUUCAACUCUGCCUCGCGUUCCGUUAAGCCUGGCCUGAUUGCUGCAGGCAUUGUAUCUGCCUGGACAUGGGCCGCGACACUCUUGCAGAGCUCCGCGGUGACGUACGAAUACGGCGUCUCGGGCGCGUACUGGUACGCAGCCGGUGCUACGCUGCAGAUCCUUCUCUGCUCCAUUAUGGCCUGCAAGAUCAAGAGCUGUGCACCUUUCUGCUCGACAUUCCUGGAAGUCAUUCGCAUUCGUCACGGCAAGGCCGUGCACGCCGUUUUCAUGGUCUUUGCGCUUGUGACCAACCUCCUGGUCUCGUCCCAGCUUGUACUGGGUGGUGCGGCGGUCGUAAAUGAGCUGACAGGUCUGCAUAUCCUCGCAGGUAUCUUCCUCAUUCCCACCAGUGUCGCUGCGUAUACGGUGACAGGUGGUCUGCGUGCGACGUUCAUUGCCGACUACUCACACACGGUCGGACUGUUCAUUAUUAUCCUGUACUUCUUCUUCAAUAUCUGGACAGGUCACGGAAAGAUUGGCAGUCUCUCGCACAUGGUCGAGAUGCUCGAACGAGCAGCCCUCACCAAACCUGUAGAAGGCAAUGCGCAUGGCUCCUACCUGACGAUGCGUUCGCAGGGCGGCCUGAUCUUCGGUAUCAUCAACAUUUGCGGCAAUUUGGCGACCGUGUUUUGCGAUCAGUCGUACCACCAGCGCUCGAUUGCAUCGCUGCCGACCACAGCAUCUCGUGGUUUCUUGCUGGGUGGCAGUGCAUGGUUCCCGAUUCCGUUCUUGUUCGGCACGACUAUGGGCCUGGCUGCGCGUGCGCUGCAGGAGAAUGGCCUGAUGCAGACUCUCGCACCGGAGCAAAUUUCCGCCGGUCUGCCUGCGCCUACAGCCGCAGCAGCGCUCACCGGCAAGGGCGGGGCGGUGGCCAUUUUGAUCCUGCUGUUCUUGGCUGUGACAUCCGCGACAUCGGCACAGCAGAUCGCCGUGUCCUCGGUGCUAACUUUCGACGUGUGGAAAGUGUACAUUCACCCGAACCCCAAGGGCCAGCAUAUCCAGUGGAUUACCCAUGGCGCCGUGAUUCUCUGGGCCAUUGUCAUGGCAAUCUUCGGCUUGAUUUGGAAUUACGCCAGUAUUGGUCUCGGCUGGCUGUAUACCAUGAUGGGCAUUGCCGUCGCGCCAGCCGUCUUCCCGAUCUUCGGCUCACUUACGUGGCACAAGACCAACUCGAUGGCCUGUGUGGUGGGUAUGGUCGUCGGCUGCAUCCUCGGUAUCAUGACAUGGCUUGUUACAGCCGGUACUUUGUACGGCGCUGUGACCGUGGAGACGACAGGCAUGCAGUACCCUACCAUUGCCGGCAACCUCGUCUCGUUGCUCUCGUCGACGAUCAUCACGGUGACGUGGAGCUGGCUGCGUCCUCAGAACUACACGUUUGCCGAUACGCGUGCAUUCAACGCACCAGAUGAUGCGCUGUACGUUGGCGAUCAUGUGCAGGGUAUCGCAGAUGAGAAGUUGGCCGACUUCCCUGUGAACGAGACGGAGGAUAAUGGCAGCGACAAGCCGGUCGUUGGCACGAGCGACUUUGCGGACAUGGAGCCAGGCAAGGCGGAAGUCACCACGGGUCAUUUGCACACACACAUGAUGGAUGCCGGUGAAGACAACAUCAACUACGUGCGGGCCGCCGGCUUGGAUCCUGCUGUGAUCAACUCGACCGUGAACCGCGUGAUGCUGAUUGCCAUCGUAUGCUCGCUGCUCCUCGUGAUUAUUGUGCCCGCCAUUGCCACUUGUGCACGCACAUGGAACUACAAGGGCCUGGGCGCUUGGAUCUACCUCGGCUUCAUCUGGCUCUUCUGGAGUAUCCUGGCCGUGGGCGUUCUCCCCCUGUGGGAGGACCGCACGGAAUUGACGACGGUGCUUGCGAAUAUCUUCCGCCGCCGUCGCGCUGCCAAGAUGACUUGA